AUGGGUAAUAAUGUGAGCUCAAGGUAUGAAAAUGCCAAGAAAACUGGGUCUCUUCAGCUGAGUAAUCUGAAAUUGUCAAAAGUUCCUGAAGAUGUUAAGAAAUUGGUGAAUUUACGUGUCCUAGACUUGUCAUUUAAUUCGAUACGUAUGAUUGAACCGUGGAUAGGUUCAUUAUCGAGUUUAAAGUCGUUGAAUAUUAGCGGCAACAAACUUACAUGUUUACCCACUGAUGUUUCGCGUUUGACCAAGCUGGAGACUCUCGACGCCUCAUCUAACAGAAUGCUUUCCUUGAGCUGUAGUCAACGUGCAGUUAAUUUCGGACUCUUGCAGCACCUACGAACCGUCAAUAUUUCAAACAACAAUCUUACUGAAUUUCCUGUGGAGCUAUGCUCAAAAGAUAUCCCUCUUGAUUUGCUUGACCUCUCCAAAAACAACAUUGAUUUUAUCCCCGAUUGUGCAAGUCUACUUCAGGUGAUUGAACUCAAUCUAAAUGAUAAUUGGGUGUCUGCAGUCUCCGCAUCAGUAGCCAAAUGCCCUCGACUAAAAGUACUUCGGCUGGAACGUAAUCGCCUCCGCCUCGAAGAUAUUCCUUUGGCCAUUUUGGAAAACUCAAGCAUCUCCCUUUUGUCUGUCGAAGGCAAUCCGCUUUCGAUAAAGGCUCUCCAGGAACUGCCCGCGUAUGCGAAGUACAUGGAACGAUAUACGGCCACAAAGCGCAAGGCGAUCCCGUAG